ACGAUGGCGACGGAUAAUGGAAGUAAAGAAGCUGCAGUGAUUGGAAACACUGAUUUAACUCCUUCUGAAUCAGAAAGUGACGUUAAAAACAUGAUGGUGGACAAGGAGGCGACUCUGUUAAAGAAAAUGGAGAUAACCGUAACCGAGGCGGAGAAAAGAACCGGAAAGAAUGCAGUCAGCAUGCAAGAAACCUACACGGUUUACCUUAUUGAAACACGGUCAGUGGAUGCUGCAGCUGAGGGUACCAGUCCUGCCCCCGACUCUCUGUGGAGACGCUACAGCGAGUUCGAGCUUCUUAGAAACUACUUACUGGUCACCUAUCCUUUCGUAGUCGUUCCACCUUUGCCUGAGAAAAGGGCUGAAUUUGUGUGGCACAAGCUGUCGGCAGACAACAUGGAUCCAGACUUUGUCGAGAGGCGCAGAGUCGGCCUGGAGAACUUCCUGCUGCGGGUUGCUUCCCAUCCUGUUCUGUCCAAUGACAAGAUCUUCUACUCCUUCCUGACUGAGGAACAGGGUUGGAAAGAAGUGGUGUUUGAGACUGGAUUUCAGGCAAAGGCAGAUUCGAGGCUAAAGGCUCUGAGUGCUACAUUCCGGGUGAAGAAUACUGACAAGAGGUUUGCAGACAUGAAGCACUACGGAGACGAGCUCCAGAAUGUUAUAUCGCAGCUGCUGCGUGUGCGUGCGAGAGUGGCCGACCGACUGUACGGUGUCUACAAAGUACAUGGAAAUUAUGGACGGGUCUUCAGCGAGUGGAGUGCCAUCGAGAAAGAAAUGGGAGACGGACUGCAGAGCGCAGGACAUCACAUGGACGCGUAUGCUGCUUCAGUUGAUGACAUACUGGAGGAGGAAGAGCACUACGCUGACCAGCUUAAGGAAUACCUUUUCUACACCGAAUCUCUAAGGGCAGUGUGCAGAAAGCACGAGCUUAGCCAGUAUGAACUGGAGAUGGCUGCUCUGGAUCUGGCAUCCAAAAAACAGCAGCGGGAAGAGUUGGCUACCGGGACAGUUCGGACCUUCUCUCUGAAGGGUAUGACUAGUAAGCUGUUCGGCCAGGAGACUCCGGAGCAGAGGGAGGCUAAGCUGAAAACUCUGGAGACCCAGAUUGAGGAGGGAGAGGAGAUUGUGAAGGAGAGAAAUGCAGAGUGCGAGGAGUUUGUGCAGAACGCUUGGCUGGACAUCGAGAGAUUUAAAGAGCAGAAGGAGCGGGACCUCAGGGAAGCGCUCAUCAGUUACGCCAUCAUGCAGAUCAGCAUGUGUAAAAAGGGAAUUCAAGUGUGGAACAAUGCUAAAGAGUGCUUCAGCAAGAUGUAAGCCGUGCCUGCAGCCAGAACCCGAGCGCAUCGGCCACACAGCUGUACAAACGUCUCUGGGUGAGAGUGCUGAUAGAGGGUCCGUUUUUACCUUCCCUUUCCCAAUGAAUACGAGUAAAUGUACCAAAGUGAUCCAAAGUCAGCAUUCUUGUGUGAUGUGUGAUGUGUACGAGCCCUAUUUUAGGGGUGUUGAAUGCGGUGUUGCCACUAAAGCCAAAUUCCAGACUCACCCCGGGACCUGAAGUCUCAAUUUUUUCUUAUUUUCUUACACAUGAGCUAAAUAAUAACAGUCAAGAGAUUAAAACAGAGUGGAACAUGUAGAUAUUUAUAUUUUUAUUUUCAGGCAUGUUCACUGGUUCGGAUUAGAUUAAAGGUUUAAUACUAAACUUCCAGCCAUUAAAUAUCUUGAAGUUUUGGGAAUUUAAGUGGGUAUAAUGAAUUUUAUUAUUGUUUUUUGAUGUACUUUAUAUGUUUUUGCUGAAAUUGUAGUAACAUUAGAAUGUUGUUAAGUUCUAAUUAUGCCUUUUCAUGCUGAAAUCAUUCCUUUUUGUAUGUUUUUUAAUAAAUAAAACAACAAUACUUUGUAAAAUUUGAGGGACCUUCAAACAGUUUCUGCACUUUUAUAUUGUGGUUAUAAGCGGUGAGGGUGCAGUAGGAGGAGUAAUCGGGCGUGUCUGAGAGACACUUAUUGUCCAGAUUUAGCUCCAUCUGACUUCCACCUAUAAAAAGCUCAAAGAAGCUUUAUAUAUAUAUAUAUAUAUAUAUAUAUAUAUAUAUAUACCCCGAUAUUUUGUAUUCAAGGUGGGUAUAUUGCUGCUCACGCCUCCUCCAGCCCUUGCGCAGCCCUUAACGAAACCUUUAUCCGCCAAUCAGAGUCCUUACAUAGCGUUUGAAGACCCCGCCCACAUAUUGCGGUCAUCCCUCCCUGCAGGCACUGCCGAUUAUGCCUGCUAGAUGGCGCCCAGUCGACCGGCGGCAACGCCGAGGAGUUCAGAAUCUCGGUGCUGGUGUGCUAGCGGAAUAUCCCGCUGCUCCACCUGGGCGCCACUAAGAAGCUUCAAGGGGAAGAAGAUUUUCAUGUGAUGAUGAUGUGAAAGCAGCGCUGCAUCACUGGCUGCAUCAUUAGCAUUAAAAAGUUGAUACGACGCUGGAAAAAAUGCAUCGGAAGGUGACGAUGUAGAAAAGUGAUGGAGUUUGUUUUUGAAAUUCUUAAUGAAUAGAGUUUAAAAAUGUGCAGGAACUGUUUGAAGAACCUUCGUAAUUGCUUUUAAACAGAAUCCAGUAAUCUAUUGGUUGUAACACUACUUUCCUUCAGAGCUGUAAUGCGGGAGCAUUCCUUUAGACCAAUUUAUUAAACUGUAUGAAGGUUUAACGUUGCAUCGUAUCACGUGUAACAGUCGACCAGAACGGGGUUAAAUUCCCCUUUAGAACUUAAACAAGCGGGCUUAUUGAUGUUUAUUAUAUGAGGUCAUGUGGCCAGGAGUUGAAAUAUUAGCCCUGCUAUUUAUCCAAACAUUCUGUUGCACAUCACCAGCACUGCCUGCAAUCUGCCCUGUAAAAUGCAAACUGUUUAUAACCACUGACCCGCUCUCCUUUUUACGCUUCAAUUAAGUGCACAUUUAUACGUCCUCUGCUCAUGCCUUAUUCAGGUUGUAAUGUUGUAUGUUUUCCUUCGUGGCUGCAGCCUUCACUAUGAAAGCCAGAUUUGCCGUUUGGGAUGAUGUGUGGGUGGGUCAGUGUUUUGAUAUAAAUCUGGCUGCAGGAACAGGAAGGUCACACAGGAAAAGGAGGAUAUAAUAAUUUUCUCAUUUAACAGUUGUGUGUAUGACCGAGCCUGAAUCUCACUUCAUGUCGGAACAGUUAUGAGAUGACUUUUCACUACAGACAUGCGAACCAACUGUACAUUUGCUGUUCAAAAUGUAUGGUGCAUACACUAAUAAACUGGAGCUUUCUGA